AUGAAGGUAUCCACAUCGAUUCAGUUGUUCAUCCUUUCUUCUUUCCUCUCAUUCAAUACUGCUGUAGCCAGUGAACCGACGAAUGCCACCGAGUUGGAAGAUGCGCCAGAAUGCGCUCGAAGCCAGUCUUGGGGACCCGACGAUGUUACUAUCAUUGCGGCAGCAGCUUUUUCAGUUCUCUCAACUCUCAUGACGGGAUUAAUGACAUAUAAAGGCUUGGGGCGCAACGUCUGGUUGUUCGAUGAUCAUACAAUCACCACCUUCUACAUAUAUCUUCUCGUUUUCCAAUACGGCUAUGUUUUAAGCCUAUGUCUUGUCAAACUAUCAAUCCUGUUCUUUUUCCUUCGUACUUUUCCAGACCAGACAUUCAGGACUUUGGUCAAGUGGACAAUAGGAUUCAAUGUUCUUACUACAGUCAUCUUUAGUAUCUGCGGCGCACUUCAACGACAGCCCGUCUACUUACUGUGGGAGGGAUGGAAAGAAUUUCCACCAAAGGGGAUCAGCUUGAACAUUCCGGCAAUCAUAUUCUCGCAUGCUGCCGUUAACAUCGCCCUGGAUGUCUGGAUGUUUGUUCUUCCUUUGACACAGUUAUAUCAUUUGGGGUUGAAGCCAAAGAAGAAGGCUGGGGUCAUGCUUAUUUUCGGUGUUGGAAUCUUUCUCACAGCUGCCAGCUGUAUCAGAAUCCCCUACUUGAUUGGAUUUAGUAGAUCAUUAAACUCGACAGCCGACUCUCAAGGAUUCAUCGUCUGGUCCAAUAUCGAGUGUGGUAUAGGCAUCCUCGUCGCAUGCAUGCCGCACAUGCAACCAGUCUUUCGGGCUAUAGCAGAGCGAGCAAGAUCAUGGAAGGUGCUGCCAACUAGUUCGAACGUUGGCGACGGCAUGUUUGUGCAAAGAGGGCUGAAGACUAUCCCCAUGACGAACGCUGUCGGGAAUGACAUGCGCACGGAUGGGACUACGUUGGUAGGAGGGGAUGAUGUGACUCUCAACGAUUCAGGAGGGCUAUUGACUUUAAAGGGGUCUACCAUAUCUGGGAAGAGAAAUGGAGGUUCUGUUAGUGAUGGGCGUGCGUCGGAGUCAGUUGGGUUGGGAGAGGGCUGUCAAGUCUAG